AUGGAGACUUUACUUCAAGAUAAGUGUGCGGUGACGCUUCUCGGAGCGCUUAACCUUGUGUUGAUCAAGGUGUGCUUUGAGCGUUGUCACUCUGGGUUUGCAUCAUGGGUAUCCAGAUUGAUUUUGGCGCUCAUGUAUAAAGUGUCUAGUGAUGGAGCUAUUGUUGGUGCAUUGUCUAACAUUGGAGAAUUCAUAUCAGAUGCUCUAGGGCUGCCUAUUGCAUCACUGAUGGCACUACAUCGCUUUCCCUUUGUAGGUGACGCAAUGAUUGAUUCACUUGCUACUACUCACUCGGAAGAGUUGCUUCUGUGGGUAAAAGCAAAGUUGAUUUGGAUGUUAAAACUCCUUGAUGCCCCGAGUUUCUUGUAUUUUGAAGUUUUUGCUCUAUUUUUCAUCAUGCUUGUAGUAAGGACAUUGCUCCUUAUUCUCCUGGUCUUUUUACUUUACACACAACUCAGACGUUGGAAAAGCUUACGUAAAACAGCACCUAUCGCAAUAGUUACGCUCAAACAAAUUACUUGUGCAAUGGUUCUCAACACACUCAUUUAUCGGAACCCAUUCUCAUUCUGGCUCAUAACUGGAUCUCUUGUAAUGCUCAUACUAGAAAAAUUAUAA